AUGGUUGGCGAAAAGAUCAAUAAGAUACGGAACGAAGAGUUCAAGAUAUGGAAGAAAGCAGUACCUUCCCUUUACCAGCACAUCUCGACCUUCAAACCUCCAUAUACCACACUUUUUGAAAGCGUGGAAAAAUUUCCAAAGGCUGUAGCUUUUACGCAUAAGAUAGCUCCAAACAAGGAAGCUGGUACUAUGAUAGCAUCGUUGUUGUGCUCUCAAGGUGGUGAUAUUUACGAGGUUGAAUUUCAACUGCCCUUGGGAUUAUACACAUCGGACGACGAUUUGAAGGACCCAAAAUAUGGUACUGCCUUCGCUGCUAUCGCCAGUAUUGGCAAGAUGGAACCCAAGUGGACAUACCAGGGCCAAACGGUAACCAAGAUUGAGUAUGUUGGGGGCUCUUAUGCGGAUGCAGUUGUGAUGACCUCCAAUGGGUCGUUGGCGUGGUUCAAGGAGGAUUGUAAGGUGCCUGUCUUCGUUAUGGAGGAGCUGGUUGGCGUUUCAACCAGCUUUUCACAGAUUCACAACCAAGAGCAAUCCCGCAGUGUGAAAACCGACUUUGCGGUUUCUGAAGAUGUCGAAACUUUAGUCAAGUCGCAACCAAGCAUGGCCUCAGGUCAGGAACAAGAUCGUAGUUUACUCAAGGUUGUUGACAACGCACAAAACCCGGGCCAGCUUGUUCGGGCUAUCCCCAUUUCAAGCACUUCUUUCACCCAGGUCAUACGAUUUCUCGACAAUCACCUUUUUUGCACUUGUUCCGAUGAUAGCACUGUCAGAUUUUACGAUUUAAGAGGAAAUGGGGAGCCACUCUGGUCGAUGGCUGAUCCUCACGAUGGAAAGCUUCUUUCUUUGGAUGUUUCUCCAAUGAUAGAGAGUCUUUUCAUGACUGGAUCCGAGACCGGUGUCUUGAAGCUGUGGGAUUUGAGAACUAUAAUCGCGUGCUUGGAAAAUAAAGAGGAACCUGUGGAAAUAGCAAAGCUUUUCCACUCUGCCGCAGAUCCUGUGGUUGACGUAAAAUUCGGGAUCUCUUCCCCAACGGAAAUCCUCUCUGUCGGUGGCUCUGGUAAUGUUUACCACUGGGAUUUGGAGCCUUUGUUCUCGCAGGAAGCUGCAGAAGCUGAGGAUCUUGCCGAUGCAGAAGAGUUGCAGCAACAAUGUCUGAAAUUUAUUCACACAGGAGGUGGAAGGAGACAGACGGAGUUUUACAACCAGCGCGAAACUGUUGCCUGGCACCCACUCAUCAGCGGUCUUGUGGGGUGCGUUGACCCUGAUGGCCUUUUGACCGUAUACAAAGGUUUCUAUGGAAAAGAGGAUAACUCGGGCGCUGCUAGUGAAAAUGAAGCUGACGUCUAA